AUGAGCAAGAAGCGAGCCACGCUGGAGCCGCUGCCGUCGCACUACAAUGGCCUCGGCCUCUUGCGGCCGACCGUGUCGGUGCCGCUCGCCAGCGACGACUUCAUGGCCUCCUUCCGUGUGCUGUGGGAGGAGCACGUCGACUUUGGAACGUGCGUGUUUGAUGUUGACUGA